ACAGUGCGAGCAGCCUAAUGUCCGAGCCAGCCCUGAACGCCUCAUCAUCCCUGCAGCCGGUUCGGAAGGUGCGGACAAGUUGGACCGAACAUGGGAGGCAGCGACAGCAAACUUCACUUCCGGAAGGCGGUGAUCCAACUCACCACCAGAACUCAGGCCGUGGACGCGUCGGACGACACGUUUUGGGACCAGUUCUGGUCUGACACGUCGACCUCGGUCCAGGACGUUUUCGCUCUGGUCCCGGCGGCGGAGAUCCGAGCCGUGAGGGAGGAGUCUCCGUCCAACUUGGCCACGCUGUGCUACAAGGCCGUGGAGAAGCUGGUCCGAGGCGCGGAGUGCGGCUGCCCCUCCCCCGGGGAGCGGCAGGUGGUCCUGAACUGCACGCGGCUGCUGACCCGCGUCCUGCCCUUCAUCUACGAGGACGCCGACUGGCGCGGCUUCUUCUGGUCCAGCGUGCCCGGCGCCGCCAGGACUGAGGAGGAAGAUGAUGCUGAUGCUGAUGAAGGUCGGCCCCUCGCCGAGUCCCUCCUGCUCGCCAUCGCUGACCUUCUCUUCUGUCCUCACUUCACCAUCAAGACCAGCGCACAGGAAGUUGACACAAAGUUGAUUGACAGCUGCGAGCACAUCUGGGAGGCGGGCGUGGGCUUCGCUCAGUCGCCGCCGCUGGACUCCUCCCACGACAGCAACAGGGCGGAGCUUCUGAAGCUGCUCCUCACCUGCUUCUCGGAGGUCCUUUAUCUGCCGCCGCCGGCCGCCGCUCAGACCGCCAACACCUGGGUGGUCUUCUUCUGCUCCUCCGCCAACAGACACGCCCUCCCUCUCUUCACCUCGCUGGUCAACGUGGUGUGCGCCUACGACCCGGCGGGAUGGGGCGUGCCCUACAACCACCUGCUGUUCUCCGACCAGCGCCAGCUGCUGGUGGAACAGGCGCUGCAGGUCCUCAUCGUCACUCUGGACCAGGGGACCGGCCCGCCUUCCGCCACGGACGCCGGCCCGCCGCCCUCAGGAGAGGAGGAGCCAGCCGUGAGGAUGAGGCUCGAUUCCCCGACGGCGAACUGGGACAUGCUGACGCCAUCUUGUCUCUUCCAGCCCGGCGCACCUGAGAACCUGUUCGUCAACUACCUGUCCAGGAUCCACCGUGAAGAGGACCUGAGGGUGGUGCUGAAAGGUGUGGUGCGCCUCCUCAACAACCCGCUGGUGCAGACCUACCUGCCGCUCUCCAGCAAGAAGAUCCACUUCCACCAGGAGCUGCUGGUCCUCUUCUGGAAGAUCUGCCACUUCAACAAGAAGUUUCUUUUCUUCCUGCUGAAGAGCAGUGAGGUUCUGGACCUGCUCAUCCCCAUCCUCUUCUUCCUCAACCGAGGCCGUGCUGAUCCUACGUGCGUGGGCCUGCUGCACGUGGGCGUGUUCAUCCUGCUGCUGCUGAGCGGCGAGAGGAACUUUGGCGUGCGUCUCAACAAGCCCUUCGCCCCGCGCGUCCCCAUGGACGUCCCCGUCUUCAGCGGGACCCACGCCGACCUGCUGGUGCUGACGGUCCACAGGAUGAUGACCAGCGGACACCGGCGCCUGCAGCCGCUCUUCGACUGCAUGCUCACCAUCGUCGUCAACGUGUCUCCUUACCUGAAGAGUCUGUCCAUGGUGGCGUCCAACAAGCUGCUGCACCUGCUGGAAGUCUUCUCCUCGCCACGCUUCCUCUUCUCCGCCCGCAACAACCACCAGCUGGUCUUCUUGCUGCUGGAGGUCUUCAACAACAUCAUCCAGUAUCAGUUCGACGGGAACAGCAACCUGGUGUACGCCCUCAUCCGAAAGAGGAACCUCUUCUACCAGCUCGCCAGCCUGCCGGCGGAUGCGGCGUCCAUUCAGAAGGCGCUGCAGAAGAAGAGGAGGAAGUCCGGAAAGUCCGGCAGCAACUCCUCCGAGACAGACUCCUCGCUAAGACCCCCAGCGGACAACGCCGCCGGAGAGGCCACCACCCCGGGGAUGGACAGGAUAACCGACAAGUCUCAGACGAAGGAGGACAAUAUGGCCGCUUUGGAACCGGACUGCAGCGCCAUCGCCGGGCUCAGCGACACCGAGUCCAACUCUGAGAGAGACCAGCAGCCGGCGCCAUCGCCAUCGCCAUCGCCAUCGCGUCCUGUCGGGAGUCACUUUCCCGCCGUCCCGUCCUCGUCGUGCACCUGGACCUGGACCGCCAGCCCGGACUGGGUGCUGUCCUGGAGGUCCAAGCUGCCCCUGCAAACCAUCAUGAGGCUGCUGCAGGUUCUGGUCCCUCAGGUGGAGAAGAUCUGCAUCGACAAAGGUUUGACCGACGAGUCCGAGAUCCUCAAGUUCCUCCAACAUGGCACCCUGGUCGGCCUCCUGCCGGUGCCGCAUCCCAUCCUGAUCCGGAAGUCCCAGGUGAACCCCGGCACGUCCUCGUGGUUCCGCACGUACGUGUGGGGCGUGGUCUACUUACGCAACGUGGAUCCUCCGGUCUGGUACGACACCGACAUACGACUCUUCCAGAUCCAGAGGACCUAAAACCCCCAGCUGCCAAUGUCAUCAUCACAUGUCAUGUCCUGGAUUAUGUAGCGUGUCACGUAGUAUGGCACGUAACGUGACAUGCCACGUCGUAUGGCAUGUGACGUGACAUGUCAUGUGACGUGACAUGUCAUGUAGUAUGGCAUGUGACAUAAUAUACAAAUAAAUAUAAAGUGUUUGAGGCGU